AACAGUUCAACUGUAGUAGGUAAAUAACUCUUGUAACAUGCACACAUAAAAUUAUAAACAAAAAGUUAUACCUUAAAAUAAUCGUUUAGAUAAUAUCGUAUUUUCGGGAAUUCCGCUAUGGAAUCAAGAAAACAGUUUUUCAUUGUAAUGUUAUUUCUAGUAAUAGCCGUUGAAUCUGCUCCGAAAAAUAAGCCGUUCGUCUUGGACCGUAUAUGGAUGGGGUUUGAGGAAAACAAUAUUAUGCUAUUUAACAAUUAUUUCAAAACGUUCGAAGAAGAUGAAAUUCAAUUUGACUAUGACGAUGUGAAGUCGCUGAAAGAGCCUUUCGAUUUUCACCUAGAUAAAAUGGACGAAAUAAAAACAAAAGCACUCAAAAAAUACGACAACAAAUGUGCAGCACUACAUUGCGUUAACAACUUGAUGCUGUUGCACAUUGUGCACAACAUCAAGAGCUCGAUGCUUAGUGACCGAAUACCGAAAUUAGAAAACAAAAAAGAUUUUGAAACCUAUAAAACCCACGUAGCUCGCAUGCUAUCCGUGCUAUACUAUUUGCGUUUGGAUCCGCCGCAUUGGAACGUGACGGUGUACACUCAACUGAUAGUGGCGAUAAAUCCAGAAACCUAUGAAGAGUAUAUUAAGGAAGACCUAUUCUCCGAUGAAGAUAUUCACGCGUCUUUCAAACGGUGUCUAGAUAUAAAACUAAUUCGCAAACAAGAGCAAGACGUUUCGGUGGAUGACUAUAUCAAAAGUAUCAAUAUCGAUGAAAUCAUCGCACAGUUUUAUUACAACGACGAUCUGCAAUAUACCUACAAGUAUGCCGAUUUGUUUACUCCGGAACAUAUAACACUAGCACACAUUUUCAAUCAGAUGUCACUUCUGUACACUCAAGUCAGUUGGAUAAACCCACAAAGGGGAUCGAGCCUCGACUUGGAUGAUCUCGGUAACCUUUAUAACACUCACCAAUGGCCUUUCUUUAUGGUUAAACACAUGCAUUACCAUUUUUGGGUCGUGCAAAUCACCCACACCAGUGUCAUGUAUCAUUUGUGGGUUCAUUUAAAACACUGCAAAUUUAUAAUCAAACGACAUCUCAAAUAUGGUAUUUUACCAAAAGUAACAUCAUCGGUAGAUAGUCCUGAAAGUAGCUCAUCUCAAAAUUAUUGGCCAUUGAUUGCCGAUCCGUUAAAGAAAGCUGUGGAAUUUUUCAAUAUCGAUGACAAUUUAACAUUAGAGAUAAUGAACACGAUUUCUAGGGAUGGUACAGUUAUUACUCGUAGUGAUUUGAAUUUUUUUGAACAAUCAGUGAGACGUGUUCUUUUGGAAAGUUUCGAAGCACUAGGCGUAAGAAAGGCCAAAAGUAUUCUGACUGUUUCUAACCCGGGAAGAAAAAAUACAGAGCGGUCAAUUGAAAAAAACAUCGAAGCGUUUAAAAAAUACACUAGUGAUAUUGAAAAAGCUCUAUAUCCAAUCGACAAUUUGUUUUUUAUUAAAUUUAUUUCCAGAAGAAUUUUAGAAAACAAUGAAAUGAGCAUUUCACCUUACUAUAAAACAUACAAAAGUAGUGUAAAAAAAUUUUUUGGUAUUUCAUUAUCACGUUCUUAUUUAUAA